UAAUCCCAGUAGUAACCAAAAAGUAAUCAAACAGACCAAUUAUAGAUAACAUUUAGUAAAUUCGUGAAUUAAAAGACGGGAUUUUACACCGAAGACUAUAAAUUAGGCGGAGUACUUGGUGUAGGUGCAUUUUCUUAAGUAAGGAAAGUUAUAAAUAAAAAAACUAAAGCAAUUAGAGCAAUGAAGAUAAUAAAUAAAAAAUUAGUCUCUAAUUUAAAAGACUAAAAUAAAUUAAUUAACGAAAUCGAACUUUUGAAAUAAUUAGACCAUCCACACAUUUUGAAAUUAUAUGAAUUUUAUUAAGAUACAAAUAAUUAUUAUAUUAUACUUGAAUUAUGUACUGGAGGUGAAUUAUUUGCUAAAAUUAUCGAAAAAGGCUCUUUUUCAGAAAAAGUGGCAUCUUAUAUUAUGAGAUAGAUUCUAUCAGCUGUUUUUUAUGCACAUAAUCAUAAUAUAGUACAUAGAGAUUUAAAACCAGAAAAUAUAUUAUUAGACAUAACUUCAGAUGGAACUUAUAAUAUAAAAGUAGCAAAAUAAUAAUUUUAUAAAAAAAAAUAAAAAAAAUAAAGAUAGUAGAUUGGGGAACUUCCAAAAUAUUCACUCCAAACGAACAGAUGACUGAAAAAGUAGGAACUCCCUAUUAUAUUGCCCCUGAAGUAUUAAAUAAAAACUACAAUGAAAAAUGCGACGUAUGGUCAUGUGGUGUAAUUUUAUAUAUUUUAUUAAGCGGUACUCCACCUUUUAGUGGCAAAAACGAGACUGAAAUAAUGAUGAAUGUAUAAAAAGGGAAUUUUUCUUUAGAAGGAAAUAAUAUGAAACACGUAAGUGAUGAAGCAAAGGAUUUAAUAAGGUAAAUGUUAGAAUAUAAUCCUAAGAACAGACUUUCUGCCUCUUAAGUUUUAGAGCAUAAAUGGUUCGAAUUAAUAGAAUAAAAAGAGGUUAUAAAUGAUGAGGCAUUUUAGAAUUGCUUAAUUUCCCUUAAAAAUUUCAGAUCAGAAAGGAAACUUUAGUAAGCCGCUUUAAUUUUUAUAGCAAGUUAAUGCACUUCAAAAGACGAAAAAUUCCAGUUGAAUAAAAUUUUCAAAGCACUUGAUAAAAAUGGAGAUGGGAUUUUAACCAAAAACGAAAUAUUUGAAGCCUAUAGAAAUUUUAUGCCAGAAGAAUAGGCUAUAUAAGAAAUGAAUAAAAUCAUGUAUUAAGUAGAUAUUGAUAAAAGUGGAGCGAUUGAUUAUACAGAAUUUAUUUUAGCUACUAUGGAUAGAAAAAAAGCUAUUACUAAGGAAAAAUUAUAGGAGUCAUUUAAUUUAUUUGAUAAAGACGGAAACGGAUCAAUUACUGCAGAAGAAUUAAGGCAAGUACUUGGAGGAUAAAUGAAUUGUAAAGAUAAUAAGUUGUGGAUUGAUAUUAUUGGCGAAACUGAUGUUAAUGGCGAUGGGGAAAUAUCACUUGAGGAGUUUACGGAAAUGAUGCUUAAAUAUGCUAAUUGAUUUUUUU